AUUGUACUACAUUUAAACUUGUGAUUGUAUAUAAAACUUUGAUGUGUUAGCGGUAAUGGUUUUUGCUUUUUGGUACUAUGUAGUUUAUAUUUUUUAUAUUUUUUUAUAAGUUAUUUCCAUUUUUACAUCAAAAACAUCAUAAAUUCUUAACAAAAUUGAUUUUAUAUGCAAGAAAAACGUUUACAUAUACAAUUUUAAGCGUAUUUGGAAAUGUAGCUCUACAUGAACGAGAAGUGUCUAAAAAAAUAUAUACAUGUACAUGUCUAUAGAAUGAGUGACAUAUAUUGUUCAUCAUUAGGUGAUACAUAUUAUUUUUCAGUUGGGGGCCAUUCUUAACAGAACGACUAAUAAUAUAUCAACAAUGUAAAAACUAUGCACAUGAUUAUAUUGUUAUUCAAACACUAUUCGAGUAACUAAUCGGGAAAUAAAUUUGACAUGCAAUGUUUAGAUCUUACAGUAAACAUCGUUAAAAGUUGUAUCAUAAUUUGGUAUCCAUGCCCAAAAGAAGAAAACGAGCGCGAAAGUGUCAAGGACAAAUUGACCAGUCUGCAUCAGGAAUCCAACUACACAUAUUAGAUCUGUUUCCUAUUGAUGGUUUUGAUUUAUCAGCUUCUGACAAGCCAUGUUUGGAUUGGAAAUAGCACAGUGGUGGAAGAUAAAAUGAAGUAUAACAGAACUUCCACUUUACUAAAUGUACUGACGAAUGAGCAGUUAAAAGUUACAGACUCUCAUACUGUAAAGUUUGAUGCUAUUACUACAACAUAACAACCUUUGGAAUUUGCCGAAGGAAGAAAGCGCCGUAAGGUGAAUGGAAAAGUUUCAAAAAAGCCUUACGCAUGUCAGUGCAGCAGAGAGCAUAUUAGGAAAAAUUGUUCAAAUGGGGUCAAUGCGAAAAGCUCUGGGAAGAGACGGCGAAGAUCAAAAGUUAGUUGUACUGACCUAUGCGACACAUUUUUAGACAGCUGUAGUUUGAACAUGGAUGUGUCUGCGGGAAAUUACGAACAAAUCCGUAACAUUAGUAUAUCAUAUUUACAAAAAGACAGUCAAUCAUAUCCUGCUAGAACAAACCACUGGAAUGAAGACAGGGAGACAAAUUCAUCGGAUUCUGGAGAUAAAAAGAUGAUUUCGAAAACAACAAGACAUGGGAGGAGAAAAGGAAAUGUCAGAAGAAAAUACUGUAACUGUCUUCGUAGACAUCACUUAUUAAACCCCCUUAUGCCAGAACAAAUAAAGUUUAACGUAGGUUCAUUUGCAAUUGACUGUGGCUUAUAAAGAAAAAACGAAGAACAUCAUAGCUUUACCUAUGAGUCCGACUUUAACAAAUAGUUCCUUUGAAAAAUCAGCACAAAGCAUUACCACUACGACAAUAGCUCACAUUACAAGACAAAAUGACUCAAAAUCAUACCAUUACUCGACCGCUAAUGACAAAGUCGAUGAUAGAGUACGCAAUAACUUGAUCGAUGCGGAAAAUGAGAAUAAUGGGGAUCAGACGAUACUAGUUUCAGCUUUGACUGCGUGUGCGUGUUCCACGAUCGUUGUAGUCAGCUUCCUUGUUAUGUACAAAUGCAGAUUGUGCAGCAGAGCUCUCUAUAAAUGUAGAAACAUGAACCUACCUUUUUCACGGGAACAGGAAUGUGCAUAUCUUACUCCUGUCUAUAGCAACGAGUACACAACAGACUAUUUUUACGAAGAUAUAAAUCUUUUAUCUCACAAAACGCCUGAGAAAGAGAAGACUGUUACUGAUUUUUUUCCAAGACAAAGUUUUAAUAAAAUGAAAAGUAAAGACCAAGAAAAUGUCUAUAAGCAAUACGAUCCAGCUGAUUCAUGUAUCUCAGUAUAUAACAGUCAUUUAUUAUACUCCAAAGAAGAGAAAGAAACAGCUCCAGUAAAUGACUUACACAUGGUACCAAGUAUGUCAAAAGCAUCGUACGAACUCUUGCCGAGAAUGCACGGCCCCAGUUGUAAUCCUAUAAAAAUUGCACUUAAUGUUCCAGUCAACUAUAAGAUUUACCACUCGUUUGAAGUAUCGUCGGAAAAAACUGUAUCAAAAAAUGUAUUAACUAUACAAUUUGUAGAAGAGUGUUAUUCACACUCACCUGAGACAAUUGUUGCUGUGAAACCAUUGAAAGCAGCUGACGAUAUACUGAAGCCGAAUGAUCAAAGCAAACAGAUCAUAAAAAAUCAUGAAUUAGACAAACUGCAUGAAGAAGGCAACAAAAACGGCUCGCUAGACAUCGAACAUAUACAGAAAUCUUUAGACUGGGAUAAAACAAUUAGAUUUCUUGUUCAGAGGAUACCACCACAUGAAUGGAAACUGUUCUUUAAUUGUUUAUUUGGUUAUGCAAAACAUUUGAUUCCAUAUUGGAUGUCAAUAGACAAUAAAAUCAGUCAAAUCGAAACAGAUGUCAAAUGUAGAUCGGGAGGAGUGUCAACUUUAAUGUUCGAGCUUUUCAAAUACUGGAAGGAAGUCAUGGGAACGGAAAUUAACACAGAUUAUAUUUUUCGUGCUUUGGCUGAUAUGAGCUAUAACAGCAUAGCAGGAGAAUUCCGGGAAUUCCUGAGAUACCCACCAUGUAACCCCGUAUGUAGUGAAUUAAGCGAAGAAUUGAGAUUAGCAACAACUUACCCCACAGGUCACAGAAUGACUGGGUAUGGACAAAGACGCUUGGAUGUGUUUGCGUUACAUAAUAAAACUGAAACGUUGAAAAUGAGUGAUAAAAGUAGUGGACUGCAAGUCAGCAGGCGAGAGUUAAAUGAAGUCGCCCUCCAAAUUGCAACGAAUAACAUAUCACACAAUGUGCCUAAUUUUCCCGAAUUUCCGGGAACAUCCGGAUGUAACACUUUCGGAGAACAUACACACAAUAAAAGCAAAAAGCGUACAUUGAAUACAAAUGAAAUGUCUGAUUCUGAUACAGAAUAUGUUUCUUGCAAACGACCAAAACUUUCAAACAUCGAACCAAACCCAAACGAAAGAAUUGUUUUAAAGAACACGAGGAAGAGCUUAAUACAGUGGAACAAAGUUGAUAAAGAAUCCCUGAUAAUUGAUAUGAUAAAACGGCUGCUGGGUAUUGAUCAGCAACUCAAUUAUGUACAAUAUGACAUUUUUGUGAAGUAUGUCCUUACUCUGAUCAUAGAAAAAACAAAUACAUCGGAAACAGUAAUACUUUCUAUUCAGUACUUUGAUUACGAACAUGUUCUAGAAAUCAAAGGAAGAUAUAAGCACGUGUCCUAUAUCCUGGAUACUAAAGUACCAUGUUACACCUCGACCACAAAGAAUGGGAAUGUCUUAAACUAUACGCAGAAAAUGCUAGAGGAAUGAUCGUAUGUCGAUUGAAAUCGGAGAAAGGAGAAACAUAUAUUCCAAGCAAAUAUCUGUUUAUUAGAUUCGAUGGCAAAGCAUUUAUUAAAGAGCAAGAAGAUGGUACACUCGAUUGUGCAACAGAAAAUCCAGAAAAUAGCUUUUCGCCUGCAAAAUAUGAAGAUUACAGAGACGAUACUGAAACGCAAAAUACAUAUCAAAUUAAAAACAAGUUUACAAAACGAACAGAAACAGAUGUCGAAAAGAUCGUUGUGUCAAAUGAAAUAAUCAAGCGUCAGCCAGAGAAUUCAAAAUGUAAAUAUGCGGACACCAGCACAACAUGGCAAGCAAAAAGUGCAAAUAUACAAUUACCAGAAAUAAAUAACGACAUAAAUGUGACCGUGAAGUUUGACACAAAAAUUACGACGAGGAGAAAAAGUGUUUGAACAAUCAAAAUUUGUCUGGGACUUGGUCCUCGAUCGUUAUCUAUAUAGUUCUAUCAGUCAAACAAACAGUCAUGUGUCUCCUGAUAUGUUAUCCGAUAUAUUCACUUAAAAAAAAAACAGAAAAUUUCACAAAUCCCAAAAAGUGAGUAUCCCAUACGCGUGAGUCGUGGAUAAGAACAUCUUGCCCGAGAUUGUGGUACGUCCAACCAUUCUUCCAUUUUAACGUGGUAAGAUUGACGUCCAUCUCGCCACAAUGAAAGUGUGUAUUUAUUUUUUCACUGUCAUUUCGAAAAAUACCAUUUGACGAUGGUAAUCACAUAUGUAUUUGAAUGAAAUAACGGACACAACGAAAACAAAAUCGUGUCGUUUUAGUUUACACGUUAACAAUAUGCUUUUCAUUUUAGCACUAUAAAAUUGAAAAUAGUGGCGUGUCAAUACAAUCGAUACAUCAGGGUUUGCCAAAUGUGGGGGGUUUCACGUAUCUUAAGUGAAUGAGAUUUCACUGCUUAACAAACUUAUCAGACAAGAUUGCAACUGUAGCCAUAUUUAAAUACAUAUCAAACUCAGUUUAUUUUUCGUACGUCUUCAUGUCUUCCACGACGAAAGUGUAGCAAUUGUACUCAUUCACAGCUACAAAUGUAGUUCAAAAUACAAGAAUUGUCUCUAAUGCAGUUUCGUAUUACGUAAUUAUUUUAGUCAGUUGACUCCCGCUCCUUCGCUUCUAAACAAGCCAAAUAAGAUUCUCUGAACAUGCAUGUAUUGUCUGCUUUUAUUUCAUAAGUUAUCAAACAUGUUGAAAAUGUUUUGUUUGAUUAUUCUAGCAGGAACCGUUCUUGUAGAAAUAUCAACUGAAAUGAAUAUUCAGGACAGGAGGUAAUACUUUAAGAUUCCCCGUGGCCAUCUUUCACUGAAAUAUUUUUUCUUUAUAUAUUUACUCCAAAUACUUUAUAAUUAAAUGUCAUGCAGUAAAAGUUGAUUGUUAAAAAACAGCCAGUUUACUUUUUAGUGGUAGUACACAUUUAUACUUUGUUUAUCUAAUACAUAUAUAUACGGCUGUUUGAAACCUAAUGCAUAGUAUUCUUAAUACACAUGAACUGUUUAAUUUUAUGUUAAAGUAAAUUAUAUGUUACGUAAUUGUUCAUGUUUUUAAAUAUGAAAUUCUGAUCUAAUAUACCUUUAAGCGUUUAUAAACAAAUUAUAUGAUAAAAUACUUAAUUGUAAAUUGACAGUACAGUUAAUAAUGUAUAGAAGUUUUUGACAUUUUACAUGUAUUUGCUUUUGUUUUAUGUUUAUCGUUUUCUCUAUGUUUCGAUUUGAGGGAAUUUACAUUUCGUAUUUCUAUUUUAUAAUACGUGUACAUGUGUAGUUCUAUUUAGUUUCCGUUUUCUUAAGAAUUAUGGCAGAUUUGUGGAGUCUGCUUUCGGAACCGACCCUGAAAUUGUUAUGAAAAUGAUUGCUCCGUCAUUAUAUGUAUGACUGCGCCUGUCCGAUUUUUGCUUGACUAAAACAAAUGUUUACCUCAAGCAGCUUUAAUCUUGUUCAUUAAUGUCACACUUAGGAAACAAAUGUUUCUUUGUAUCUACAUCGUGUAUUGCCUAUAACUCUACCUCUUAUUGAGUACUUUUAAGAUUGCUCUUCCCCAGAAUAUCUAGGCCAGAAUCUGAAGGCCACAUUCAGUGAUCAAAUAGUUAUAAUGUCUGCUUCUUGUCUGACCUGUGAUUUUAUCAGUAAUAGACUGAGUGUCAAUUCAUCCAGUAUAUUUCUUGAGGAGACGAUAUGUUACUUACAGGACCCAUGCCACAACACACAUGUAAACGCGACAUUAAAGGUCGACUAUUUCUUGUCCAAUCUCUAGAUUUUUUUUUCAAGUAACUCGAGCAAAAUGUUCAUUGUCUUGGCAGAAGACCAACCCGUAUUUCUAACAGAUCAGUCGUCGCCUCUCAUAGUAUUUUAGUGUAUUAAUUUUCUUCGGGCUAGCUUCCAGUUUGGCCUGUCUUGUGUAAUUUGAAAACAUUGUCGCAACCAAUAAGUCUGGUACUUUGUAACAUUCAAUCAUACACAAGACUAAAAUAUAUAUCGCACAUCAUGAUCACACAAAUGGGUCAGCUAUUUUGUCCAGUCCAAUACUCCAUCCACCACGGGAUUUUGAAAUUACCUUAAUUUUAUGUUAGAAAUUGUAACACAGGAAUACAAUAGUUAAUGUAUUUUUAUUAUUAGUAAUAAAAAACUCCGUUGUGGAGUGAGGCAAUGUACAUUUGCUCAUUGUUCAAUAAUACUGUGAGAUCAUUAACAUUCGUGGUUGCGUCAAGCCACGAAAUAAAAUUCCAACGAAAAAUAAAUUUCCAAGCCUCAAAAUAAAAUUCCAAUGAACUAAUACAUUUCUACGAAUUUAAAUUCCCACGAAAGAGCCGUUUUUGAUGAAAUUUCAUGCCCCUGAAAUUAAAGGAUUUCAUAUCACUAUAUAGAGAUAAUGGAGAAUAUGUAUGUAUAUACAUUUAUUUUCUUCCUGUUAAUACUUUUGUGUGGAAAGCAAAGCACUAACUAGACUUCAUAUUUUAUUGCUAAUAUGUGUGAUAUGAUUGUGUGUAUUAGAUUCUAGUAUCGAGA